AUGUCAGUGCCGUUGCCUGCUAUUGUACCUGCCGCUCGGAAAGCCACUGCAGCGGUGAGUGAGGGAUGUUUGACAGCGAGCAUUGAAGGCAACAUGCAUGUUGUUGCAGACAAUAACUUGCUCUCACAUUUUAGUCUCACUUACGUCUGUAUUCCCAGUAAAUGGCCCCAUAGUGGGCAGCUAGUAUCAGGUGUUUUAGUGUAGUGUUGUAACAAAAGCCUACACAGUAGCUUGCAGGUGGAGGGUUGACACCCCAAACCUAGACCUACCAGCCAUUGACAUUGAAGUGUUGUCAAUAAAGCUAACCACAUUGUGCAUUUAUGUUUCUGUUUUGCAUUGCAGGUGAUAUUUCUUCAUGGCCUGGGUGACACUGGGUAUGUGCAGUACAGCUCAUUCAUUUCAUCCCUCAUUCUACUCCUGCCACUCACCAUUGACUCAAGGGUUUUCUGUCAUAUUAUUUCCAUUUACUGUAGUCUAAAGCUCAUAAGAUAUAUUUUGCUUUUGUUCAAAGUCAUGGCUGGGCAGAGGCCUUUGCUGCGAUCCGGACACCACAUGUGAAAUAUAUCUGUCCUCAUGCGUGAGUACCUCUGUGGACAAGCACGCCUCCUGUAUUUGGAGAAUGUUGAUGAUAGUGAUUAUUGAUUACAUGGUGUUAAUAUACACAUUUAUUAAUGACAUUGAAACUUUUUUGUUAUUUUUAUUUUUCAGUCCAAUCAAGCCUGUUACAUUAAACAUGGGCAUGUCCAUGCCCUCCUGGUAAGAAGUCAAGUUUAUUAAUUUGAUAAAAAGAAGGCAAUAUCAAAGAACAGUAGCCUAUUUGGGUUAAUCACUCCCCUCUAUGUUAUAGGUUUGACAUCAUCGGAUUGCAAACAGAUGCAGAGGAAGACGAAGCUGGUAUUAAACAGGCAUCAGAGAAAAGUGAGUCUACAUUGUUUGGCUGUAGCUGCACUAGGGCAUACAGUAUGGUGAAGUUUUAAACUGUAUGAACCUGAGCUUGAUUCUAUUUGAACUUGAUUUCAUUGAGUGCUUCCUCUCUUCUCAGUUAAAACGCUGAUAGAUCAAGAAGUGAAGAAUGGAAUACCAUCCCACAGGAUUGUUAUUGGCGGAUUUUCUCAGGUAGACUAGCCUAUGACAACAAAAAACUGUAAAACAACACUGAAAUGUACUAAACUUAGUGGUAAGACACAGCGAUAAGAAUUAUUUGUGUGCUUUGGUGUAUACAGGGUGGAGCGUUGUCUCUCUACACUGCUCUCACGUCCCAACAGAAGCUGGGGGGAGUGGUUGCUCUCAGCUGCUGGCUCCCUCUACGGCACUCCUUCCCUCAGGUAUAAGCUAUCCUGCAUUAGAAGUGUUCUGUGGUGCACAAAGGUUAUACAUAAGAUCCAUUCUAUUGUUUUGGAAUGUAACCAGUCUAUUAACUUGUUACUUUACCAAACCACACAAAUCAACAAUGUUCAAAGUCAAUUCCUAGACGUCGACCAAAUCAUUCUAGAGACGUUGCAAGUCAUAGCUGAUUUGAAAUGUAACCCUAAUUUCGUCCUUUCUCAGGCGUCGGCCAACUCUGCCAACAAGGAGAUGCAUGUCCUGCAGUGCCAUGGCGAGGCGGACCCUCUAGUGCCUGUAAUGUUUGGAUGUCUUACUGUGGAGAAACUGAAGACCCUCUGCAAUCCAUCCAACAUCACCUUUAAUACCUAUCCCAGAAUGCCUCACAGUGCCUGCCCUGAGGUUAGUAUGGUUUGCACAGCAGCUGUGAGAAGUCUAUAAUAUGGUUUAACCUAGAAGAUUGGCUCUUUUUGAAGACUUUGAACAUGCAUAAUGGAGUUUAUAUGAAAUGAAUGUAUUAUAUUUUGUGUAGUAAUACUUGUCUCUCUUGCGUCCUACAGGAAAUGAUGGAUAUCAAGCAGUUUAUUGAAAAGCAGCUUCCUCCAAUCUAA